CGCCGCUGCUACACAUACACACGCAGCCGCCACUCCGUGGGCAGCUCCUACUACUGCCGCUGGGCUGGGCUGGGCUGGGCUGGGCUGGGCGGGCUGCGCGGAGCUCGCUGCUCACAUCGGCGGAGAGAGGAGAGAAGCCACUCUUCUCUGACCACCUCGCAGCCAAGCCAGGAUCGUCCAGGGAGCCUCAGGCUUCGGGCACUGAAAAGGGUGUCUGAAAAACCCACCCGGCACUCCAAUGGCUAGCAACAACACUGCCAGCAUAGCACAAGCCAGGAAGCUGGUGGAACAGCUGAAGAUGGAAGCCAACAUCGACAGGAUAAAGGUAUCCAAGGCAGCUGCGGACUUGAUGGCCUAUUGUGAAGCUCAUGCCAAGGAAGACCCCCUCCUGACUCCUGUUCCGGCUUCAGAGAACCCAUUCAGGGAGAAGAAGUUUUUCUGCGCCAUCCUUUAAGUCUCCAUGAGGAACCUGAAGAGCCCUGGGGCUCCUGGGACACUGAUGUAGAGUUUUUAGCAAAGUGGGCACCUUUCUAGCCCACAGCAUUUAAAUAGAGGGAGGAGAACCACCCCGGAAACUCCAGGCUAUGCAUGUUUAAAGAACUGGUCCCCUUUUUGACAAUGAAAGCCAAUCCACACCCUGAGUUAAGAGCUCUGAUGUCUGCAGAACUGCCUGGAGGAGGGGACUGUGUAAAUUUAAAAUCCGCGUCAUUUCUUUCCUGCUGUCCCUCCCCAAAUGUUCUAUUUCUGCUUCAUAUUUUAAAAAAUCAAAAAAAAAAAUCAAACAGACAGCUGAACUGAGCGAAGAUACGUAUGACCGUCUUGGAAUGAGUAUGGCCUUUAGAUACCCUUUGAUCAGCUGAGUUGUCCGGUGUAACCGAGGUUCGGUUUAAUGGCGUUGAUGUCUAGUCUGUGUGCCUUCCGUUUCCUCUUCUCUUUCUCCCUGACCCUCCCUAUCAACCCUCCCAUUAGAGUAAGACAGAGGUAAGGCUGGACUUGUCUGGGAGACUGAACUCCAAGAAUGUACAGGGAGAUAUUCCCCGUGGUUUAUCCUCAUGGCGAUAACAAAAACAAGGCCGGUUGUCUGUGCUCUCUUAUCACUAUUCCUAACAUUUGUACAUGAUAGCUUUGAUUCUGCAAGUUAAAGUAAAUCAUGUGUUGUGACUGGUGCUUUCAUAUAUUUGUGACAAUUUUUGAGUAAUAUUGCAUGAAAAUGUCCGUGUUAACAUCCAUUCAGAAGUUUUGUUGUUUUUCUCUAACGUUUGGAAAAGGAAUGAGCGAGAAAAGAAGCUGGGAAGGAAAAAAACUCAGUAUCUUGAAAAUUGAGAUUACUUUAGCACCUUAGCCAUGCCUAAAACACCUCCUAGUUUUCCUCUCAGUGUAAAUGCCUCUCCAACACAAUUUCCAGAAUCCAAAGCAUUUGGGUUUUAUCUGGGAUCCAAGGCGUCCCAGAUAAAACCCAAAGCAGGAGAGGUAAGAGUCCAACAUGGUUGGGAGGUGCGUUUGCCAUAGAGUAAGAGUAAAUUCCUUCUUUCCCUGAAUCUCAGAAAUUCUAGAUUAAAAGAACUCCUUCUGUGCUCUUAAGAAAAACCUGGCCCCCUCUUUUUUUCAAGUAUCAGGAGAAAUGAACCCAUGGCACCAGAGAAAACCCAUUCUCAGGAUCCCUGCUGUUUGCCCUCCUGGGAGAAGGGGCGGGUGUGGCCUCAGCAGCCACCUCCACCAGUGAGGGCCUGGCUUCUUUUUCCACUGAGAUGGUCGUUGGGUGCCACUCGCCUAUUUUUUUUUUCCACUAGAAUCUUUUCUUUGUUUUUGUUCUCCAUCUUGUUUGUUAGAGUCUCUCAGUCUUUAUUUACAACUUCCUUGCAGCUAGAGCCCUCUCUUCCCAAGAGGUGGCGUUGAACGUGACUUUUCAUGGCAGCUCUGGCCUCCAUCGGUAAUGGGAGGCCCUGGAAGCCUUUAUCACUUUUUUUCUGUGCCAUCUCCAGACUAAAGAGAGCCUCUUUUACAUCUUCUUGCUUGCUUCAGAAACCCAAAAGACCAUUUCCAAAUUAACUGUAUUCUGCUCUCUUUCCUUACCCCCAUUAAAAAACAAAGAAGGGUGGAGAGGAAGGAAAAGAGAAGAUAAAAAGACUUACCACGCCAAAGACAGAUUUUGAAACAGACUUGGUAAAUAUUUCCCUUAGUUCCUUUUUAUAGGCACGCUGGUAAAAGCAUAAAUGCAUCCGAUUAAAGCUCACACCUGCGGUGGGCAAAGAAAAAACAGAAAUAUUUGUGAAAGGAAUGAAUGCACUUCUGUAACCAGAUCCUUCUGUUCUGUUGAAGCUUUGGGAUUGUGUUAUAGUCAGUAGGACACAGAUGAAGAUUUAGAGAAAAACCCUGGCGGAGUCUGUAUUCAACUGCAUUGUUGUACCAUUAGCUGAGUAAUACUGUGGAAUCAGCGAAAACCAUAUCCAUUUGUAAUAUGAAUCAAAACAUGAACUGAAUAUGUAGUCACAUAAAAACAAGUGUGAAUAAGCACUCUUUGCUGGGGAUGGCAUCCUUAUGAGACCCUGAUGGUUUUCAUAAUCCACACCAUUUAUUUUUCUCAGAAGGACUAUUGAUAUUUUCAUGUAAAUCUAGAUCUUUGGAGCAAUGAAAAUGGAAUGAAAACUCUGGGAAGCACCACAAUUCACAGCUCUGGGAAUUCAAAGUAAAGGAAGUUCCAAACUUCAUGUGACCUUGGUUCCGAAAGGAGAGAGAAGGCAGCAAAUACACAGCCCAUCUAAGUUUAAGGAAAGCGUGUUGGCUUUUUCAUAAUGGCACGCCCCACAGCAUGGAAUUAUAAUACCAGAGUUUUUAUAUGAGUUUUGGCUUAUUGAUAGUUUUACUUAUUAAGGGGGGGGAAAGCUUUUUUUAUUACUUAUGCCUCUGAAGAGCUUUAAUUCUUUUAGAAAUUCAACAAUCAUUUUCACCAGCAUAAUUUUAUCUGAAGGGGAAACUUAGUUUAAUUAUUAAAGGUCCUAGUUUCUGUGUCUAAUGUAUUAGAUAGUAAUGAAAUCUGCCAUAGAAUUAGUUAGCCAGUAACAAUAACGCUCAUAUUUAGUAAAAAAAAAAAAUUAAAAAAAUUGCAUCAUUCUCAAUAUUCACUCCAGUUUCAUUUCUUUCCAUUUUAAACCAAAUACUAUUUUAUUUAAAUCAGAGGUUGUAAAUAAGUACUUUGAUCGGAGGCUAAUUUGCUAACAAUAUUUGAAAGAGAGUGCUUACCAAGGAAAAUUUUUAAACCAUUUCUUCAUACACUCAUUCACAAAUAGAAUCUUGAGAAAUCAGCAUGCUGUCUUAAGGAAUAUUUGUACUCUCUCUCUUUUAAAAAAUAUUUGCUUCUAGCUGCUCCUGGCAAUGGUGAGUUGUUACAUUGUGAAUAUACAGCAAUGUUUUCCCAGCCUAAAAAUUGUUCACAUUUUUCCUACAUAAGAUCCAUGGAAGUGUGUCUUUCAACGAGAGGGAAAUACAGAAAUGUUAAAGCAGGGAAACCUGAAUGCGAUGUGUACAUUUUCAUCCAACAUGGACCAUUUAUUUGUUUUAAUAAAUGGAAUUUUCAGACUCAA